CAUACUAUCAUUAAUAUGAGAUCUUAUAUUUAUAUAUAUAGUGAAAAAUAGACAAACAUUAACCAAGAAAAUAAAAAUGGCAGAAAAUAAUGCAGGCCUUAUUGGUGAUGAAGAAAAUGGCUAUGUGGGGAAAAGAGUACAACCCUUUGCCUCUACACCAGGGCGAGAAUUUGAGAAAAAUGAGGGUGGGAAGAAGCAAAAUAGCACUGCUAUGAACAUUGUUUUGGGCUUGAAAGAGCUUUCUUCUUUGAAUGUUUGGAGAGCAUGUGUGGCAGAGAUUCUAGGCACAGCAGCUCUAGUUUUUGCUAUGGACACAAUAGUCAUUUCCUCUUAUGAGACUGCAACAAAAACACCAAAUCUGAUAAUGGCAACUCUAAUUGCCAUAACUGUCACAGUUCUUCUCAUUGCCACAUUCCCCAUUUCUGGUGGACAUAUCAACCCUGUCAUCACCUUCGCAGCGGCAUUAACCGGCAUCGUUUCGCUUUCACGGGCCGCGGUGUACAUCUUGGCCCAAUGUUUGGGAGGCAUUUUAGGUGCAUUAGCCCUAAAAGCUGUAGCCAAUAGUAAAAUAGAGCAAACUUUUUCACUUGGAGGCUGCACUCUAAGUGUUGUUGUGCCAGGCCCAGCAGGGCCCAUUGUUAUUGGGCUUGAGAGAGGCCAGGCCCUUUGGCUAGAGAUAAUUUGUACAUUCUUUUUCCUAUUUUCUUCAAUUUGGCUAGCAUUUGACAAACGCCAAGCUAAGCCUUUGGGCUCGGUUAAGGUUUGUAGCAUAAUUGGGCUAGUAGUGGGCCUUCUUGUGUUCAUAUCGACAACGGUGACAGCCACGAAAGGAUACGCCGGAGUCGGGAUGAAUCCGGCAAGGUGUCUAGGCCCAGCCCUGGUUAGAGGUGGUCAUCUAUGGAAUGGGCAUUGGGUGUUUUGGGUUGGGCCUAUGAUAUCUUGUGUGGUUUUUGCUGUUUACACCAAGAUUAUUCCAAAAGCUCAAGUCUAUGAAUAAGGUUUAUGAUACCUAUGAAAUGCAUGUUUAUGAAGUUAGGAGACUUGGAAGUUAAUAAUGGUUAUUUAUGGUGUUUUGUCAGAGGUUUUUUAGUUUGUGGUUUGGAAGUGUUGGGCCAUUUGUACACCAAACUUAUUAAAUUUGUGGAUGUUGACUUUAAACUAUAUGUUAUAAAUGUAAUAUAUAUAUAAUAUAUCUGAGGUUUUUUUUUAAUGAA